UCAUCUCCAGCCUGCAGCGGCUCUGAAAGAAGGCUGGGCGCGGCGCGGUCUGCUCUGCCUCGGCUCCAACCCACAACCCACGUCUCUCUUUUAUCUUUCUGAAAAGUGUUCCUGUAGGGACUCACAGAGCUCGGAAGCCGCAGCUGGCACAGGCCACUGUCUCCGCCUGAUCCAUUCAUUCGAAACCGGUCUUUUCUCCAAGUUCCUUGAGUGUUACCGCUUAGAGCAGCGGGCAACGACAUGGAGAAGAGCGGCGAGACCAACGGCUACCUCGACGGCACCCAGGCAGAGCCCCGAACGCCCGAGACGGCGACGGGCAAAUCGCAGCGCUGUGCUAGCUUUUUUCGGCGCCACGCGCUGGUGCUGCUCACCGUGUCGGGAGUGUUGGUGGGUGCCGGCAUGGGCGCGGCGCUGCGGGGGCUGCAGCUCACCCGUACGCAGAUCACUUACCUGGCCUUCCCGGGCGAGAUGCUGCUCCGCAUGCUGCGCAUGAUCAUCCUGCCGCUGGUGGUUUGCAGCCUGGUGUCGGGAGCCGCCUCCCUGGAUGCCAGCUCCCUCGGGCGUCUGGGUGGCAUCGCUGUUGCUUACUUCGGCCUCACCACGCUGAGCGCCUCUGCUCUCGCCGUUGCUCUGGCGUUCAUCAUCAAGCCAGGGGCGGGCGCGCAGACCCUCCAGUCCAGCAGCCUGGGGCUGGAGAACUCAGGGCCUCCUCCGGUCUCCAAAGAGACAGUGGACUCUUUCCUCGAUUUACUCAGAAACCUGUUCCCUUCCAAUCUUGUGGUUGCCGCAUUCACUACGUCUGCAACCGAUUACACAGUGGUGACCCAUAACACCAGCUCGGGGAACGUGACCAAAGAGAAGAUCCCCGUUGUAACUGAUGUGGAAGGGAUGAACAUUUUAGGACUCGUCCUUUUUGCCCUGGUGUUAGGAGUGGCUCUAAAGAAGCUAGGCCCUGAGGGAGAAGACCUCAUCCGAUUCUUCAAUUCCUUCAAUGAGGCCACAAUGGUGCUGGUGUCAUGGAUCAUGUGGUAUGUUCCUAUAGGCAUCAUGUUCCUGAUUGGAAGCAAGAUUGUAGAAAUGAAGGACAUCGUCAUGCUGGUGACCAGUCUCGGGAAAUACAUCUUCGCAUCUAUGCUGGGCCAUGUCAUCCACGGAGGAAUUGUCCUGCCUCUUGUCUAUUUUGCUUUCACAAGGAAAAACCCGUUCACAUUCCUCCUGGGCCUCCUCACCCCAUUUGCGACAGCUUUUGCGACCUGUUCCAGCUCAGCAACCCUUCCGUCUAUGAUGAAGUGCAUCGAGGAGAACAAUGGUGUAGACAAGAGGAUCAGCAGGUUCAUCCUCCCCAUUGGGGCCACGGUCAACAUGGACGGAGCAGCCAUCUUCCAGUGUGUGGCCGCAGUGUUCAUUGCCCAGCUCAACAACGUAGACCUGAACGCAGGACAGAUUUUCACCAUUCUAGUGACUGCCACAGCAUCCAGUGUUGGAGCAGCAGGUGUGCCGGCUGGGGGGGUCCUCACAAUUGCCAUCAUCUUGGAGGCCAUUGGAUUGCCCACACAUGACCUCUCUCUGAUCCUGGCUGUGGACUGGAUUGUGGACCGGACCACCACUGUGGUGAAUGUGGAAGGGGAUGCCCUGGGAGCGGGGAUCCUCAACCACCUGAAUCAGAAGGUCGCGAAGAAAGGUGAGCAGGAGCUACAAGAAGUGAAGGUGGAAGCCAUUCCCAAUUCCAAGUCUGAGGAGGAGACGUCGCCUCUGGUGACACACCAGAACCCAGCAGGCCCUGUGGCCAUUGUUCCUGAACUUGAAUCCAAGGAGUCAGUGCUGUGAUUGGGCUGGGUCUGGGCCAGCCUGCCAGUACCAGCAACCCACCCUGGUAGCCUGCCCCAUUGAUGUGGGCGUGGCCCUCAUAGACUUUUCAUCUCCCAAGGAAUGCUUUGCCCAAUCACCAGUUUGAGAGUGGCCUCUCAGCACAGGCGUGAAUGCCUCCUGAGCUAGAACACUCUGUCGUUUGUCCUGAUCCAUGUCUCCAUGGAGCUCUGGAUACACCUUGAGUCUAUACCCCUCGAGCUGCCAGGCCUGAGGGAUUCCAAGUUCAUGGAGGCCUGGGGACCAAGGUUGGGGGCGAUGCAGAUGGAUUCUUCUCUUUCCCCUGGGAGCGUUGCAUCUGGUGCUUUCUGGGCCAACCAGAGGGUUGUCUCUGCCGCAGCAGACACUGAAGAGCUUCCCAGAGUCUUAGACUGAGCUGGAAUCUGCUGGGCUGAUGCUGGGUUAAAGGAUUAUGCUCCACUUGUGUGGGAGGCUUCUAAGGGGCCAGAGGUAAAACAGGUUAGAGAGACCCCCUGUGAUGGUUAGCACAGCUAGGGGCUCAGUUUGAGUAAACCAUAAACUCCGAGGUCAGGAACAGACUGGGGAGCACCCUAAAGAAGAUGAGACAGACUUGUUCCCAUUCUAGACUGAGGCUCCUGCCAACACUUCCCCUCCAUUUCCAUUUGGACUUAGCCGCAGACCAUAGGACCUCCUCCUCUGGGAGGGGUGAUGUGGUCACUGCACUGCAGACUUAUAUUUGUUGGUCAGUCUAUUACUACAAUUUGACUAGGUCCUUCCUAAAAUGCUGCUGAGCUACAAAGUCAUAUACUCCCCAAUAAACUCACGCGCUGGCGCAGCUCUGUCCCAGGCCCCUGUCUGGUUUCCACAGUAGACUACUUGCUUGUGUGAGACCUAUGGUUAGUCCUGGGUCUGAUGUAACUUGCCUCUUGCCUACUUCACUGGGAUCUGAUAAGGCCAAGGAUACGUCUGUGGAAAUUAUUGUUUUGCUCCUUGGAAGUCAGGUUCUAAAACCUGUAAGUGCCCAGUUUAUCUGAGAGGCAGCUUUCUCCAUGAAGGGUGCCUCCUGGCGUGAGCGACUCUCCUGAACUGUUAUCCUCACACUUCAGAAGCUAAGCUCUGAAGAGUUGUGAAGACAUUCAAUGCAGCCUUUUCUUAAUGAGCUACCCAACUUCUACCACAUUCCUGGGUACCCAACUGUGUUGUUACUCCUAACCCACAGUUCCUGCCAAUCCCACCCUAACAGGAGAUUAUGUCCCUUCGUCAUUGGCUUCAUGCUUUUGAAACCUUGCUUUCUCUGCUGUGUUGUCACCAGACCCACACAUACUUGGGACAGAGUCCGUUUUAAAAUGGGGCUUGUGCCUGAGUGAAGGGGUGGGCAAGGAGCAGAGCCCACAGCCAGGGUGAAGGACAGCUCUCUGAACCAGCUGUGCCAUGGCACUCUCCUGUGGGGCCAGGAGCUAAGCGGGGAGCGGUAAACCUUAUUCCCAGCACUGGUUUUUAAAGGGGAAUCAAUCACAUUGUUUGAUUAUGAGUGAGCAUUUGGUAUUUUUUCAGUUUCAGUGUAUCUUUUCCUCUGUAUUUACAUAUACUUUAUGUAUCAUGUGUGUGUGCAUGUGUGUGUGUGUGUGUGUGUGUGUGUGUGUGUGUGCUUUUAGCUCCAAGCAAAUCUGAGUUUGGAUAAAGAGGAACUAAACUACAAAUUAUGUCUAUGGUAUCCUGAUAUUCCCAUUUCUACAGAAUCUUAUUACGUAGGGAUUGAGCUGGACAGUGAAACCCACUGGCUGGACACUCAGGUCUCAGCCUGGACCCACAGUAACAAAUGCUGCUGUGGACAAAGGGAGAUGCCUCUGUGUGUCGUGUGUGGGAUCUCCCCCUUGGAGGCCAAAAGAGGAGGUGGCCCCACACCUCCCUGAGUUCUGGCUCUCAGAGAAGUUGAUGGAGUUUCGGAACAGGGAAGACACCACCACAACUGACUGAAAUAUCUCCUGGCUAUUUUUCUAACAUGUUCAUGUAUUGAUGUUUUGUGUAUGUGUGACAUUUGCCUUAAAACGUAGCACAGCCAUCAAAA